UCAGCGGCGCCGGCGCGGAGCCCAGCGCAGCCGGGCCAUGGGCGGCGGGGCGGCCGGGCCGCGGGCCACCGCGCCGGGGCAGCAGCUCCGCGCUCUCUUCUACGCGCUGCCGCCCGGAGAGAGCUCCUUCCGCACGGUGGAGGAGGUGCCCGACUACGUGGAGAAGAGUAUUCCAUUCUUCAUUGCUUUUAUUGGGCUGGAGUUUGCUGUCAGCUGGGUUCAGAAGCGUAAGCUGUCAGGUCGGAUCAAUGAUGGCAUAAGUUCUCUUUCCUUAGGCAUCCUGUCUCGACUGCCAGAUGUUUUAUUCAGAAGUGUUGACUUAAUUAGUUAUAUCUACAUAUGGAACAACUACAGACUCUUCGAACUGCCCUGGGACUCACCAUGGACGUGGUAUUUGACACUCCUGGGAGUGGACUUUGCAUACUACUGCUUUCACCGCAUAAGCCAUGAGGUUAAUAUACUGUGGGCAGCGCACCAAGUACAUCAUAGUUCUGAAGAUUACAACUUAUUCACAGCCUUGAGACAAUCUGUACUGCAGAAAUACACCUCCUGGAUUUUCAACUUGCCCAUGGCUCUUUUCAUUCCCCCUUCAGUGUUUGCUGUUCAUCUACAGUUUAAUCUACUUUACCAGUUUUGGAUACAUACAGAGGUUAUCACCAACCUUGGGCCUCUGGAGUGGAUUCUUAAUACUCCCAGUCAUCACAGAGUUCAUCAUGGUAGAAAUCCUUACUGCAUUGACAAAAAUUAUGGUGGCACACUCAUUAUCUGGGACAGGAUAUUUGGAACAUUUGAGGCAGAAGAUGCAAAAGUUGUAUAUGGCUUAACACAUCCAGUAAAUUCAUUUGAUCCCAUCAUGCUCCAGCUACGUCCCUUGGCUCAUAUUUGGAACACAUUUUGGGCCACACCUGGAUUCUGCAAUAAGCUUUCUGUCAUAUUCAAAGGGCCAGGCUGGGGACCAGGCAAACCUAGACUUGGCCUUCCUGAGGAAAUCCCAGUGAUCACUGGAAAAGAAGUUCCCUUCAAUCCAAGUGUACCAGCUUAUCUUAAUUGCUAUGCAGUUGUACAUUUUGCUAUAAUAAUGGACUUGUAUACUGAACUUCUUGGUACCGUGACUAUGUUAUCACAGGGAACUGUUCUCCUGAGAAUUGGCUUUAUCAUUCUGUCCUUGACCUCUUUCGGACUGCUUAUGGAGAACAGGCCCAAAGCAGGAAUUUGGGAAAUCAUCCGCUGCUUAGUCUUCGUAGGUGUGUACAAACAUGGCUACUUAAGGAGUCAGUUUUCUUCCUUGGGCUAUGCAUAUGAGGAGAUAUGUGGGCUCCAGACUUCAAACAGAGCCUGUAAACAUGAAAGAGUUUUUCCCUACACUUCAACAGAAGAAGGUUUCUUCUCUGAUGUUUUGAUAUGGUCUUGUUUUCCCUCUGCGCUGCAUUCUGGGGAAUCCAAAUUAUGAAGCGGAUCACUUCAUCCAAAGAUAAACAUCACUGAAAGAGCAGUUCUAACAUCACUAAUUAUGGAAACAGCACUUUGGAAUAACCUUCUAAGUUCCUUGGAAUUAAUCAGCCAUGAAUCUUACUGAAUCGCAAUCAUUUUACUUAUGAUAGGAGAGGUUUGUGAUUUUAUAUGAAAGUUUGAAAGAUUCAUUAGGACAUGUAUUCAUUUUUAUUUGAUUUCAAAAAAAAUAUUUAAUUUCCUUCCAAUUUAAAUAAAAUGUUUGUUCACAACGUAUAUUUUUACAUUCAAAGGAUUACAAGUCUUAGAAACCAUGUAAAACAAAUUGCAUUUUUGCAGUGAUUUUGGUAGCAAUCAUACGUGAAAAGUAUUUUUCACAAGAGGAAUAAUUAAAAUCAUAUUUGUUGUAACCUGGUAUAAAGUGACUGACUGUCUUCCUAUUGAGGCUAAACAUAAACAUAUGUGAAUGUCAGUUUUUCCGUAAUGAUUGAAUUACACUAGAAUCUCAAUGUCAUGCCCAAUUCGUUAUUCAUAACAUACAGCUACGUGAGGAUGAGUAGUCGAGGCAAGAAAAUGAUUAAAAACAGCAUGAUAAAAUAACUCGAACUAGUAUGACUUGAAACAUCUUCAAUAAAAUUGGCUGAUAUAUAUGUUGUAUAAUGCAGACUUACAGUUUAGACUGAAUUAUUUAAGGAGUACACCUGUAGCUGCCAACUUUAGAUACUGAUCAGGCCAGCACUUACAUAUGGGUAUCCCAUUGACUAAUGUUACUCACGUGACAAAAUAUUUGCAAGGCUGGGCCCUUAAUUUCUCAUAAUUUCCUGCUGGGGUGAUCUCAGGGGAGAUGCAAGUCUUGUCUUUCAGGAGCUGUUGGAAAGAUGGUUUGUACUAAGACAGGAAAAUUAAAUACAAAUGGUAAAGGGAGUCUCCAAACAGCAGGACUGGCAAAAAUACUAGAGCUAGGUUGUUUUUCUUUCCUCACACUCUUCCAACUUUUUAUUUGGCUCCAAGACUUUUAGAAGUGCUUAAAGUCAAGUAGCUAAAAAAUGUAGGCUGUCUUGCAUGCCUCAAACUAGUAAUAAUACCUGGAUUAAAAAAUGGAUUUAAGUUUGGGUGGGUUUUUUUUCCCAUUCCAUUUUCCUUUAAGGUGUUAAUGACAUGCUAACAGACAUCUCAGAUUUAGACAGAUAGCCUACUGUUAAUUAACCCAUAUUUUCAGUCUCUAGCUGUAACAGAUGCCACUGUCUACAUAAUUGGAUAUUUCCAAUAAAUUGUCAGAAACACAAUAAUGUUAUAGAAAUAAAAUUGAUCCAAUGUUUA